GGCGGCUGCGACGCGCAUGCGCUGUAGUCGCUUUACCGGGCCGCAUGAGGCGGGCAGCGGGUGCAGAGGCGGGCUGGGGGGGCCUGGCCCUCAGCGACCCCGGCCCCGGCCCCGAGGAGCGUAUCGCCGCCCGCCGCCGCCGCAUCGCCGCCCGUCUCGAUGCCAAGCGCCGGGAGGCCUUUGGAGAAGAUGCGGAGCCAAAGGUGGCUGAGGAGGAGGAAGAGCAGAGGAGGAGUCACAAGCAGAUUGAGGAGAGCAGGCAGAGGCUGGCCAAGCUGCUCUUUGAUGGCACGCAGAUGGUGACAAAUAUCCAGGUGGCUGCUGACGCGAGGGAAACGCAGAGGAGGGCAGAGGAGGCAGAGCUGAAGCUGCAGAGGGUGGAGAAGCUGGAGAGCGAAGCUAAGUCUAGCACAUACAAGUUUGAGGAGAUAUCCUCCAAGUGGGCCUUGGCCAAGGAGAUGACGAUCCCGCAGGAGCUGUGGCAGCUGCUGAACCAACAGCAGCAGCAGUGCGCUCUGCUUCUGGAGGAGAAGAACAAGCUCAUUGGUGAACUGCAGGAGGAGCUGAAAAACAAAGAUGAGCAAUACGUGCAGGCCAUUAAGAAGCAGUCGGAUGAUAUCUACCUGCUUUUGGAGAGAAUGGAGGAACAGAUCAGGAUCAUGCUGAAAACUUACCGUCACAAGCUCCUACAGAUUGAGAAAGCUUUUGAGCUUGAACGGCGAGAGCUGCUGGACAACAACAGGAAGAAGUGGGAGGAAGCCAUCCAAGCCCACAACGCACAAGAGCUGGAAUAUGUGCGUGCCCGUAUGAGGAAGGUGGAAGAGUUUGAGAAACAGCUGAAUCGGCUGCGGGUGCAGGAUGAGGAGGAGUAUAACAGCAUGAAGAUCCAGCUGGAGACCGAUGUGCAGAACCUGGAGAGGCAGCUGCAGCAGAUGAAAGCCAUCUAUCAGCUGAACCAGGAGAAGCUGGACUACAACCUUCAGGUGCUUAAGAAGCAGGAUGAGGAGAACACCAUCAUCAGAUCCCAGCAGAAGAGGAAGCUCAACCGGCUCCACAGCUUGCUCAAUAACCUGAGAACAAAAUUGGCCAGCCAAGAGAAGCAGUUCAGAGAGGAGAACCAGAGCCUGGCAGCCGACUGCGAGCGCAUCGUGGGGCAGUGCAAGGAGGUGCAGAGCAGAAUGAGGCACUUUGCUGUCAGCGAUGCUGAGAAGUUCACGGAGGUCUGGCUCAUGAACGAGGAGGAAGCCAAAGGGCUGAUGCGCAAAGCCCUUGAUGCAGAUCGCAUCAUUCACACCCAGCAACUGGGGCUGCCCUGGGAAGAGCCUCGUUACUGGUUCCUGGGCAACGUCGGCCCUCUCGGGCAUUACAAGGCGAAGAGGAUGGCGACCAAGCUGGCUGCGGAGGUCCUGACAGAGAGUGGCUCUGGGGGACAGGAGGAGGAAGGGAGAGAGAAGAAGAAGGAAGAAGUGGGUAGUGGAGAAGGAGGCAAAGAAAACACAACGAAGGUUGAAGAUAGACUCACACCUCUGCGAAAUAUCUCCAAGAAGACUGCCAAGAGGAUCCUGGAGCUCGUGAGCGACGAGUCGGGUUUCCUCAUUGAGAGCAAGCUGCUGAGGCCCCUGCACGAGCUGGGGAGGCACGAGCGCACCCUCAUGAAGCUCGACUCCAUCUUUGCGGCCCUCAAAAUCGACAGUGAGGAUGACCUGUACCAGCUGGUGGAUUUUUUCCUGAAGUACAAAGCCCAGGAGGUGGCCGUCAGCCAGAGCCAGGGCAGCCCGGGUGGAGAAGAUAUCAUGGAUCCAGCUGAGGACAGAGAGGACGGUGGAUCCGAUGCCCAGAGGGACGAGACCAAAUCCCCUCGGAGCUCGCGGGGCUCCCUUCCAUCUGUGUGCAUCCACGCUGAUGAUGUCCUGAAGAUCCUGAAAGCAUUUGCGCGGGAUUUCGACAAGCUGAGGGAGAAGGACAGACCUGCAAAGGAGGUGCUACAGGUACAGGACAGCUCCAAGGAUGGGGAGUACUGGGAAGCCCUGGCACACGUUAUCCCCGAGCCGACAUUGAAGCUGUGGGACGCGCUGAUGGUGGCACUGGAGGAAUAUUACGAGGUCCUCAAGCACAGGGCCAGCCUGCUCGCCGAAGCAGCCGUCCUGCAGCAGCAGAACUCGGAGCUGUACCUGCUGCUGGAGGAGUACGUCAGCUCCGGGGUGAACAACAAGCUGCUCUCCCCUCCCACGCAGUGGAUGGACCUGAGCCUCUCCUGCCCCGGGGAAGCGCAGUGAGUGCCCAGGGCCAGGACACGGCUUUUCUCUGCCCCGAGCUGAAGCUGUGUGCGGAGCCAGGGCUUCCUGGCAGGGACUAAUAAACCCUUCCCAAACCUGGGCUGCGAGCGUGCCUGUGGCCUGCGAGGAGCACCCCUCUCGCCUCUGAAGGUGCUGGAGAGCCGCAGCCAAACGUCCCCCCCAUCCAGGGGACUCACAGCGCGGUGGGAAAGCACUUCCCCACUCGUGCCGCGAAGCCGCGUGGUCUGUGUCCUCCCUCCCCUCCGUGGAGCCGAGGCCGGGCAGGAGCCUUCACCUCCCGCAGGUCAGCAUCCCCACCGCCCCUGGGGUCCUGGCUUCGGGAGAGCCCACCUUUCUGUACCUGAUUUUACACCUUAUUCCUCACUUUUUUUUGUUUUUGCUGCUUCCCCCAAGACCUUUUCUCCCCCCAGACUCUUACCAAGCAACGCACCCCCAAUUAUUUUUCUUUCAUCCGUCCUGGUGCUGCUACAUCUGUACCUAAAUUCUGCAUUUCCAGGGAGAUAUCAGCCCCAAGCGGUGCUGCCGGCAGAGUUAUCUCCAGGAGGGCUACAUCACAUCCGUGACUCCCUCCCACCCCUCUGGUUCACACCAGUUAUGUCUCAUUCCCAGUACGGGCUUCGUGGCCAGCUUUAUCUUUAGCCUUGACUCCCCUGCCCAACACUAACACGGCACAUACCACAGCAGAAUAAAACCCUUUUUUUUU